AUGGGUAACAUCCCGUCAGUACUUCGAAAGCGUCGAAAAAUUGUUAUCACUAGUACAAAUGAAGCGCAGUCACUCAGAGCUGAGGCUCGUCCUUCCACUGGAGAUGCUGCUUCCUUGGGACAUGCAGGUGACGCCGUUACUACACCACAGCCGGUCACCCCUGAUACACAUGAACUUGAUGAAGCACCGUUAUUCAGAUUGGCCUUCGAUGUGGACCCAUUUGCUAUUCCGUCUACAUGCAUCAGGAGGCAAUUCAGUCAUCCCAUAUCAUCUGGUGGCAUGUCCGAUGUCUGGAAGUGCUCAAUGAUAUCCAAUCCAGCAACCUCUACUGAGGUUGCCGUAAAAUCUAUCAGGAUUUCGGACGUAGUAAGUGAUGAAAUUAACGUCCAAAAAGCGAAGAAGAGACUUCGCCGCGAAGUAGCUGUGUGGAUCAAAUUGAGCCAUGCACAUAUUCUCACUCUUCACGGCACAGUCUCUGGGUUUGGACCAUUGCCUGCUCUUGUUUCUACAUGGAUGGAUAACGGGACACUUGAUGGUUACCUGAAGUGCACGAGCCUCACCAUGGAACAGAAACUAAAGCUGUUGAAACAAGUUGUAGAUGGCUUGAGAUAUUUUCAUGAACAGGGAACAAAUAUUGUGAUCGACUGCGAUGACAAUGCAUUUUUGGCAGAUUUUGGUCUCUCGGUGGUUCUCGCAGAGAGUGACAGAUCGUACUACAAGUCGGCUUUGAAUGGUGCUGUCCGGUGGUCAGCGCCCGAAUUGUUUGACUCACCGGAACCAGAAAGCAUUCCGGAUGACAGUGACGGCGAUGGCGACUUCCCGAAAUCAAACAGUCAGAGCGAUACUCUGUUCAAGUUUCACCUGAAUCUUGCAUCGUACAGGUCUUCUUGGGUAGACUUCCCUUCUGAGCCAUAUCGGGUCGAACCCGGUGUGACCGUUAGCCACCAGCAUUUGGAUUUCAUGCGGAAAUGUUGGUCAGCCAAGCCUGAGGCUCAUCCUUCCACUGGAGAUGCUGCUUCCUUUGUGGAAUACGAACUGGCCAGUUUAUUUAUUUCACUGCAGAAAACCGCAGAUUACGUCUGGGACGCAUCUGGCACAAAUCUAGACAUUCGUACCACAUUCAUCCCACAUUUCACUCACAUCAUGGCGGCGCUAGAACUUCAUUCUAAUCCUCUCAUUAUGACCAAAUCCUGGCAACAUUCUAUGCGCUGUCCUCGAGCCUAG